AUGAAAUUAAGUGGUCUUAAUACUUGUGUCAUUAAAAUUUAAAUCUUACAAAAGAAUAUUUCAUUUUGUUUUUUAAAGUUCGCACGAUUUAAUGUAUUAUAAACAAUAAAAUUAAUAAGUAUAUAAAAUAUAAUAUUAAAAUAUACCGGGGGAAAGUAUUGAAAAAAAUUUAGAAAAUAAAAUAUUCGAGACAAAAGGAAGUGAGUGAAUAAAUUGUGCUGGUGCAUCAGCCAGAAAGCUGAAAUACAACGAAAUUAUUUAAUUUAUAAUUUGAAUAAAUAAUUACUUUUAAUAAAGUUUAUAUUUAAUUUAUUGAUUUUAGUGCUAUUUGAAUCCAUUUUAUAUUUAGUAUAAAAAAUAAUUUCGUAUAUUGAAAAAUUUAGAAAUAUUUUGUUUCGAGUAAAAAAUUUUAAAGACAUUGGAUAUAUUGACGUGUUAUUUGUAGUGCUGUGAUAUAAAUUGCGGCUGUAUUUUAAUUAUUUUGAAGCUUUUAAUAAAUUAUAAAAGUAAAGUAAUAUAAAGAAAGAAAUAAAUUGGAAAUUUACAUUUUUAUGAAAUAUCAAUGUUUUUUAAAAAAGUGUAGUGUUUUUAAUCAUACAAUAAAACAGAAAAUUACCUUUGAUUGAAAGCUUUAAUAGAAAGCAGUUUUGAAAAUAUGAUUUAUUCAUAAUGAAAUAUAUAAAUUUUAAACGAAAGAAAUUUAAAACUUAUUAAAUUGUAUAAAAUAUAAAAUUUAUUUAAUUUGCUUUUGCAUUUAUUUUAGAAAUUUUUUAAAUCUAUAAAAAAAGUAAACAAAAAUCUUGACAAAAUGAUUUCAUAUAAGAAAUCUUAUGCGGAGCAAAUGCUUCAACUUGCUCUUGCAUUAAGUUUACUUCAAGUUGAUCCAGAUUUAUAUAUUGGAAGGAAUUGGGAUAAUCAAACACAAAUGCGUAAUGGGCAUGCAUGGGAACUGGAAAUGUUGCGUGCUGUUCCAAUUACAGAAUAUCCAUAUGCUAAUCGUAAGGCAAUGAUGCCACUCAUUGAAGAUCUGGUUAGAUAUGAUAGGGCGACAACUGUUAGUAAUUAUAUGAAUAUUACUGCAUAUUUAUUGAAUGUACAAAAUGCUCAGAUGAAUAAAACAUCAAAUGAUCAAACAAAUUCAACAUCCACAACAACAAAUGUGAAUAGUGUUGAUCAUGGUCUUGCAUCAAUUAUUACCGCUGGAAAUACUAACAAUAAUAGUAAUGCAGUUGAUGUAAUAACAAAUCAAGAUUUGGAGCAAUUCAUAAAUUCUGAAAUACCAAUUAUGGAAUCAACAUCUAUUGAUUUCAGUGAAUUUGAAUUUGAAAGAAUGUCACCAUUUACUUCAACAUUUCAUGGACCGUUAAAAGAUGAACCACCCGAUUUUAGUUUACCAUUUGAUGUUAAAUUAGAACAGGCUUUCGAUACAGCAUCAACAUCAUCAUCGAAUAGUAUUGAUUUUAAUAAUGAUACACAUCGAUUUAAUGACUCAAGUGGCUUUGCCACUUGGAAUGAACUAUUAAAUAUAAAAGAAGAAGAUCCAGAGCCUGAAACUAAUGUAGAAAAUAAUUUGUAUACUAUAGAUGGAACUGUAGUUGCUGAAGAAGUUCAAAUAAAAUCAGAAGAUCCAGUUACAGAAGACUUUGAUAAUAAAAUAAAUGAAGAAAAUAAAGAACCUCUUCUAAGUAAUGUGGAUAUAACAAAAGAGGAAAGUGAAAUUGUUGAAGUAUUAUGGAAACAAGAUGUUGACCUUGGUUUCUCAUUAUCACCACCAAAAAUUUCAUAUAAUUCAGAUGCAACGUCAUCCAAAAAAACCGACGAUGAGAAUGAAAAAUUAAAAGCCCUAGAAGAACUUAAAGAUGAAAAGUCUAAAAAUGAGCCUGAAAAGUCGGAUAUUGAUGACGAAUGGGCUGGUAUUCCAUUUACCAUUGAUAAUGAAACUGGUGAAUAUAUUCGAUUACCAUUACAAUUGGAUGAUUUUCUUCAAGACGUUUUGCAGUUAGCUGAACUUGCAUCUGAUAGCCAAGAAGAAAAUAAACGAAUUCAAGAGUCUGUUUCAACAUCUAUUACUACUGAUUUAAAAGACGAAACAUCUGAGAAUUUAUUGUUAGCAUCAGAAGAAAAAGUUGAAGAAACUUUAGUGACAACAAGUACUUCUGAUAUUGUUGACGACGCUAAUAGUAAUUUAUCAUCUGAUGGUGAUUUAAAAACUCAAAAAUCAACCGAUAAAUCACCAGAUACACCAAAUUCGGAACAAUCUUUACCAUCACCCUUAUUUGAUUUUGAUGAUGCAAAUGAAUUAGAAGAAGAAUUCGAUAUGAUGAUACAAUCAGCAGCAGGACCAUUUGGUCAUCAUCAACCGCCACCACAUCAUAGGGCAUCAACAACAGCGCAUCAUCAAUCUGCUUAUGGUACAGCUAUGACAAAUAGUGCAUUUAGGCAAUCGGCUGGAUUUCAUCAUCACCAUCAUCAUCAUCAUCAUCAGUCAAGAGUACCUCCAUUAAGCCGAGGUGUAUCAAUGGAGCAAAGGCUCCAAGAUAUAGCUAGUUUGUUCAAUCCGAUGGGAGUUGGCGUUGGAGAAAUGGCACCAUAUUCUCAUUAUCCAAGUCCUUAUUAUCAAAGUGGCCCUCCAAUGCAACAUGGACAAUUUCCACAUCAUCCAGUUCUACAUAAUUCAUCAUUAGCAGCUGAACUUGGUGGACCACAACCCCAUUAUGGUCAUAAUUUGGGUUCCGCUGUAACAUCGAGUAUGCAUUUGACAAAUGCUAGUCAUGAAAAUGAUGCAAGUGGAACAGCAUAUAAAAUGGAACACGACAUGAUGUACUAUUCGAACACGUCAUCAGAAUUAAAUCAUACAGCAGAUGGUUUUAUUAAUUCAAUCUUAAAUGAUGAAGAUUUACAAUUAAUGGACAUGGGAGUAAAUGAAGGUUUUUGUUCGAUGAGAAUGGUCGACAGUAAUGCUACGAGUAAUAAUUCAUCAGCUUUAGGUUCGACAAGUGGUCAUUCAAGCCAGUUGCAUUCAUCACAGUUACCAAAUCAUUUACGGAAUGCUGGAAUGCAUAAUAAUGACGGAAAUAUUGUUGGCACAUCUUUAGGAAGUGAUGGUAUGGGUUCAACGGGUGAUCGUUUAGAUGCUUCAAGUGACAGUGCUGUCAGUUCAAUGGGUUCAGAGCGUGUACCUUCACUUUCUGAUGGAGAAUGGGGUGAAGGAAGCGAUUCUGCUCAAGAUUAUCAUCAAGGAAAAUAUGGUAGUGCUGCCACUAAUACCGGAACUGGAACCAGACCACAUGAUUACAGUUAUAGUAGAGAUUCCGCUCGCCAGCCACCGGUAGCACAGAAAAAACAUCAAAUGUACGGAAAACGUUAUUUCCAAGAUCAACCAGCCACUGCAAAUUUACCAACUAUACCACAUGCAUCCAGUGCUGUUAUACCACCACCUCAUACGGUUGAUCAUAUGACAGCUGGUUCAAUCAAAUAUGAAUAUGACCCAUAUACGGGACUUCAUUCAACUGCUUCAACAGGCAUCGCAAGUAAUAAUAUGGAAGGUGCUGUUGGACCAUUGAUUGGCAAAGAACAUCAUAUGGCAAAUGUUGAUUUUAAAUAUGGAUGGGGUGGUUUAGAUUUUCCAACUCGUACACCACGUACACCACAUGAAAUUAUUAGUCACAAUCAUACAUAUACUCUGCCACAAGGCAGCGGUUCUACACCACGUCCGCAAUUACGUGAUAAAAAAUCUAAAAAAGCUGAAGAAGAACACUUGACACGUGAUGAAAAACGUGCACGGUCCCUUAAUAUACCAAUACCAGUUCAUGAAAUAAUUAAUUUGCCAAUGGAUGAAUUUAAUGAGCGCUUGUCAAAAUAUGAUUUAACAGAAAGUCAGUUAUCAUUGAUCAGAGAUAUAAGACGUCGUGGUAAAAAUAAAGUUGCAGCACAAAAUUGUAGAAAACGAAAACUAGAUCAAAUUUUAUCACUAGAAGAUGAAGUAAAAGAAGUUAGAAGGAAAAAAGAACAAUAUUAUUCAGAAAGAGAUAUGUUGGUAACCGAACGAAAUAGAGUUUCAAACAAAUUUGCAGCCUUACACAGACAUAUAUUCCAAUAUCUUCGUGAUCCAGAUGGUAAUCCAUGUUCUCCGAAUGAGUACAGUUUGCAACAAGCUGCAGAUGGCUCUGUUUAUUUAAUACGAAGAGAUACAAAUAAACCAGUUGAAACAAAUACAAAUAUAUCAAAUAAUGCAACAGCAGUUGUUACAGCUGCUACAACAAAUGCUUUUGAUGCAAAUGGUGCAAUUGGCGGAAAUUCUGCUGGCGCCAAUGUUUCUGGUAUCAUAUCAACAAGUAAUAGUCAUCAUUAUCAUCCACAUCACCAUCAUUCAACACAUCAUUCAUCGCAACAGAGACCUUCACCAUCAUCAUCACAGCAUCAUCAGAAAGAAUGAGAAUCACUGUUUUAUUCUGCUUUUGGUUUUGAGUUUUUGGCAUUUUAAUAAAACAAAAAAUUUUUUAAAAUGCUAUAAUUUUAUUUCUUUACUUUUUAGUUCUUGUUAAAUUUUGUUAAUAUUAUUUUUUUUUUAUUUCUUAUACCAUUUUAAGUUACAUAAAUUUAAAAUUAUUUUUUUUUCUGAAUGAAUUAAUAAUUUUCAUUAAAUAUCUGUGUUAUAAAAUUGAUACUUGGAGAUUUAUUUUAAUAUUUGAUUGUGAAAUAAGAUAGUAUUGCUUUGCAAAAAAAAAAAAAAAGAAAAUGAUAAAAAACAACAAAAAAAUUUUUCAAAUUUAAGAACUCAAAAAUGUUUAUAAAAAUUAAAAUUAUUUAUAGAUGUAUUUGGUAGUAAAAUAAUAAUAGAUUGUUUGCAUGCUUUAAGAAAUUGCUUACAUUCUUGUUUCCUACCAUAAUUAUUAUAAUUAUAAUUAACAACUACUAUAAAAUAAUUAAAUUUUUAAUAAAUUCAAAGCUGAUUUUUCUUGUUGGAUUUAUUUUUUCUAAUUUUAAUUUUUAAUAUUGCAUACUUGAAGUUUUAUACAUUUUUUUAUUAUAAUACUUGAUUGAAUUUAAUUUUCUCAAUUAAAGAUAACAAAUUUGUAUUUUUUAAUACAAAACUUAAAUAUAUCAAAAUAAAAUUUUAAUGUUACUCAUGUUGAGUUCAAAAAUUUACAUCAAAUUUAUUGUUUUUAUAAGAUUGUUUAUAAAUUUAAAUUCAUUUUUAUUAAUAACCAAGAAAAAAUAUCAA